AGAGAUUAAUAAACAAAGAUGGCGGCUCCCUUUAAGAAAACAUCGGCAAAAUAUUUGGAACCACGUGUUGACGUGAAAACAACACCAGACACCAUAUAUUGGAAGAAUUUAGAUAUACCAGUGACAAAGAAAGAGUAUGGAGCUAUAACAGAUAUUGACUUUUGUCCCAUCAGUCCUCAUUACUUUGCUGUAACUAAUUCAACAAGGGUACAAGUAUACAGUCCAACCUCCCUACAAAUCCACAAGACCAUCAGUCGAUUUAAAGAGGUAGCUUACUCGGGCAGUUUUCGUAGUGAUGGUAAACUUUUGGUUGCUGGGGGUGAUGAGGGUUCAGUCCGUUUGUUUGAUGUAGACAGUAAAUCUCUCCUUCGCCUGUUUAAAGGACACAUUGGGGCUGUGCAUGUUACCAAGUUUUUAGCUGAUAAAGUCCGAAUUUUCUCUGGAUCUGAUGACAACAGUGUCUCCUUAUGGGACAUUCCAAGUGAAAAGGAAGUUUUGUCCUACAGAGAGCACCAGGAUUAUGUCCGCUGCGGUCUUGCCAGUUCCUCCUGUUCAGAUCUUAUUUUGACGGGUUCUUACGACAACACCGUCAAACUUUAUGAUACCCGGAUGAACGAGUCUGUGAUGACGUUUCAGCAUGGUCACCAAGUGGAAAGUGUCCUUAUGUUCCCCAAUGGUGGAAUCUGUCUUUCUGCAGGUGGAAACGUUAUAAAAGUGUGGGACAUCUUACAAGGAGGGCGCCUACUCACAACACUAUGUCAUCAUCACAAAACAGUGACGUCACUCUCUUUCUGCAAUAAUUUUACAAGAAUUUUAUCUGGAUCAGUUGACAGGCACAUCAAGAUUUUUGAUAUCAGUACGUUCAAAGUAGUCCAUACCUUGGAUAUGUCGGGCACAAUUCUCAGUGCUGCAGUAUCGCCCGAUGACGAUUUGCUGGUAGUUGGAAUGGCGGAAGGAUUGCUGUCAAUUCAAAAAAGGAAAGCUCCAAGAGAACCAAAAAUAAAAAUGAAACCAACAUACCGAUAUAACCCUGCAGGAAAGACGUAUCAUCCACAAAAGAGCGACUUUGUUGUACUACAUAAGCGAAAGGAACAGCUUGCAAGAUACGACAAAUAUUUCAAGAAAUUUGAAUUCACAAAAGCUUUAGAUGCUGCAAUGAAGAAUGGAGUAUGUUUAAGGUCGCCAGAGAUCACAGUCCGAGUCUUACAGGAAUUAAUGAAGAAGGGCGCUAUUAAAGCAGCACUAGCAUGUCGUAGUGAUCUGUCUGUAGGGUAUAUCAUCCAGUUCAUAAAAAGAAAUAUUAGUAAACCAUCUUUUCAACCUAUACUGUUAGAUGUCGCAAACUUACUGUUAGAUUUGUACGCAGAACAAGUAGGACAAAGCCCUGUAAUGGACUGUCAGUUGACAGAGCUUAGAGAUACUGUGGAACAGGAAGUGAAUUAUAUGACGGAACUCAGCGAAGUAAUGGGCAUGCUCGAUACCGUGUUUGCCGCGGCUGCCAUGAAAACAAACAGUACAUCAUCAGAAUCUGUGCCUUUAAUAGCGCCCUCUGCUGGGGCACAAGCAGCAAAUAUUUAGCAAUAAAAAUAUAAAUCUCUAAAAAUGUACUUGAAGUAUAGGUUUUCUUAUUAGAGUGGGUAGUAUAAAAUGCCGGGUUUUGUCAAUGAAAGUACUAGGAAUAACCAAUGUAAAUCUCCCUUAAUUUCAUUCCCAGCAAUUUGGAGGGUAAAGGUAAGGUCAAAGAACAAGGUCCACUUAGGGCCUUUUUUGGCCUUGUGAAUUUCUGAAAAAUCAGUGGCUUAGUUUUAGUUGAUUUUAGUUGGACCCUUGGUGACUGUAUAUCUAUUAAAAUGACGUAGUUUUCUCGCUAGUCCGUGUAAUAUGAUGUCAUGCGUCAUUAUCUUUAGAUCGAGGGAUGUGCUCAUACUUUAAUUCUUUGCUGAAGGUACUGAAAUAACCCGUUUUCUGCAACUUGAUGAACAUUGUAAUUUCACAAAGCAUGCUUUUAAUACCUGGACUAUCAGAGGAAACCUUUUUUUUAUAGGAAAUGAAAGCACGAGUCUCUACUUUUAAUUGACGUUUGAAAUGGGACAUUGUCUUUGUCAGUUAAUUGGUAUAUAUAUGUGAAGGGCAACUUUUAUGGAUAAAGUAAACCUAACUCUU